AUGCGAAUGUACGAUGCAGAAUUUACAGACGCCCAGUUAUUAAAUCAAGACAUUUCCGUAGACGACACAGAGGCUAUCGCUAUUCUGGAGUCCGGUACCAUGUUCGUCGAUCGGAACUUCGUGGUCCCUCUGCCAUGGAAGAAGGGUGUCAAUACCGGUAUGGGAAACUAUGCGUCAGCGCUCUUGAGGUUGAACAGCCUAAAGCGGCGCUUAAUUAAUGACGAAGCACUACGGUUCCGUUACGCACAAACUAUGAAGAUAACUAUGGAGAAGGGAUAUGCCGUGCCAGCCCCAGGGGAACAGUUACAAUGCGACUUUCAUCCGCGUUGA